AUGGAGAAGAAGCUUGAGAAGAUUGAACAUUACCAAUAUUAUUUAAAAAAGAAGGCCAAGAAGGUGGAGACAUUGGACGGGAGGAUUGAUAACAUUGAGAAAGAAAUGAAGGAAAUGAAAGAAAUGGAGGAGGAUAACGAGAACAAUGAGAGUUUCGACUACCAAGGCAUGGAUUAUGACUGGGAAGAGAAAGAGAGUGAAGAAGAGACUCAGAAGGAUGAUAGAGGUUCUGAGGAAGAGACGGAACCUGAACCUGAAGCAGAAGCUGAAGAAGACAAAGAAAAAGAGGAUGAGAAAGAGAGUGAAGAAGAGGCUCAGGAGGACGGUAGAGGUUCUGAGGAAGAGAAAGAACCUGAACCUGAAGCAGAAGCUGAAGAAGACAAAGAAAAAGAGGAUGAAGAGGUUGAGAAUGAAAAAAUACCUGAGAAAGAACCUGAUGAGGUUCAAGGUGAGGUUGAGAUGAAUGAAGCCAAUGAGAUUGAAGAAGAGGUUGAAACAGAGGCUCGGGUUGAAGUUUAA